AUGUCCAUCUCUAGAAACACCAAAAACACCUACCAUUUCCCUACCCCACAAUCUCUUUCUGAUUGGCUCAAACCUCGGUUACCAUCGGACUCAUUUGCCUCAUGGGGUACCAAACCAGGCACCAAAAACAUCCACAAUCUUUGGCUUGAACUCUCUCAAGGUGAGACCUUUUUAGCUGACUCUACUCCGCCAAUUCGCACAGUUAAUGUAGUUACUGUUAAAAUCAUCAAUAAGAAUCGAACUCUGAUUGAAUCUCAUCAAGAAUUAUCGGAUGGCAGGGUUAGAAAUAGGUGUAGACCUCUAGCAGAGAAAAUGAAGCCUAAUGAGUCGCUUAAAGAUGCAAUCUUUCGUGCGAUCAACGAAGAACUUGGUUCAAUUAUGAAGGAUGGUAAUGAAGUUAGUAUUAAUAUUGUGGAUGGUUCUUAUGAAGAGAAAGUUGAGGAGAGAAAUUCAUUGUCUUAUCCGGGCUUGCCGGCACGGUAUUUGUUGUAUUCAGUGGAUGUGGAAGUGGAUGGGUUGCCUGAUGGAGAGUUUUGGACCGAAGAGGAUGAAGAGUAUCCGGAUUCGGACGAGAAGAGGAUUGCUGAUAAAGCUGUGUCUGUUAAGAAGCAUUUUUGGAAAUGGGUUAGUUCUGAUUCAGUUCAAUCUUGA